UCCACUUUCACCACCUGUCCAAGGCCCCGUCUAGAGGUUGCUCUGAUCUACGGGCCAACUUCUCUCUUGACCGUCCCUGGAUGACCACCUGUUUGCUUUCCUCAUCGUGCUCUCCAACAAUACCAUCUAUACUACCCGACAUACCCUUCGUGUCUCCCCUUCUCCAAUUGUACCCUGACGCCACAGGCCCUCCAGCAUUUGGCUGUUUCCUUCCAUCGUCCUUGUUGCACGCUUGACCAACACGGACUUUACACUUCCCCUGUCCGGUGUUUUGCGGUUUGAUCAGAGCGUCUCCUUCCUACAGAUCUACUUUCAGAGAGCUGUGACAUCCUCAACUCAAGAUGCCGUACACCUCCAGCAUAUCCCCAGACCCCGCUUCCACAAGCAUCGUCCAGGCUUCCUCCUCCGAUAACCGUAUCAGCACCGCUGCCCAGCAAGGCUCGACUACAAGCGGUACAGUGGCAUGUGAAACUUCUCAGGUCCAGCAGCCACAUGGGUACAGGUACGGUGAUGAGAGUAAGGAAGACCGUAUGAAGCUAGACCUCCUUCACAUUGGAUCCCAGUUCCAAAGCAGCAAGUAAGAUGCGGUCAAGUUGGCUGAAUUGGGUCAAGGAAAG